AGGACUAAAGGCCCCAACCCUCCAUUCUCGGACUGUUUAUCGGUAUGCCGGAUAUACGACUCCUUCUGCCACCCUGACCGAAGAUCGGGCGCUGUGCAAGACGAAAUUCAGUGAAGUCUGCACUAGACUACCGGAGACAGGCAAAGGAACAGAUAGAAAUGUAAGGAGCAGAGGCCGCACAGGGUCCCUGGCAGUUAGGAGGACAGGUCCUUGAAGGGGCCUUGACGGGUCGCAGUGACGACGGCUGGGGGGCGGACCCGCGCGGGCGCGCUGAAGCCGGAGUUGUUUGGUUCCUGUCUGGGUGAGCCUGCUCGGCCACUUGCUAGUAGUGGGCUCGUGCUCUUUCUCUGCGCUCUGGAACCUGCUCUCAGCACGGAUUGGUGAGGGUCCCACGACUGCUCUGGUAGCUGGGAGCCCUGUCGGCGUUUCCUCCCAGCAUUGGACAUGCCAACAGUACUGGGUUUUGAAGGCAGCGCCAACAAGAUUGGAGUGGGAGUGGUUCGGGAUGGCGUGGUGCUGGCAAACCCACGGCGGACUUACGUCACACCUCCGGGCACAGGAUUUCUACCAGGUGAUACUGCCAGGCACCACCGAGCUGUUAUCCUGGACCUGCUGCAGGAGGCACUAACAGAGGCUGGAUUAACCUCCCAGGAUAUUGACUGCAUUGCUUACACCAAAGGCCCUGGCAUGGGUGCCCCACUGGUUUCUGUGGCUGUUGUGGCCCGUACUGUGGCUCAGCUGUGGAAUAAGCCGUUGCUGGGUGUGAACCACUGUAUAGGCCACAUUGAGAUGGGCCGCCUCAUCACUGGAGCCACCAACCCAACUGUGUUGUAUGUUAGUGGAGGAAACACACAGGUGAUUGCAUAUUCAGAACAUCGAUACCGAAUCUUUGGGGAAACCAUCGAUAUCGCUGUGGGUAAUUGUCUGGAUCGUUUUGCUCGAGUGCUGAAGAUUUCCAAUGACCCAAGUCCAGGCUACAACAUUGAACAGAUGGCCAAGAGAGGCAAGAAGCUAGUUGAGCUGCCGUACACUGUAAAGGGGAUGGACGUCUCAUUCUCAGGGAUCCUGUCUUUCAUUGAGGAUGCAGCCCAGCGGAUGUUGGCCACAGGCGAGUGUACUCCUGAGGAUCUAUGUUUCUCCUUGCAGGAAACUGUGUUUGCAAUGCUGGUAGAGAUCACAGAGCGGGCCAUGGCACACUGUGGCUCCCAGGAGGCCCUCGUUGUGGGAGGUGUGGGGUGUAACGUGAGACUCCAGGAAAUGAUGGAGACAAUGUGCCAGGAACGUGGAGCCCGGCUUUUUGCCACAGAUGAGAGAUUCUGCAUUGACAAUGGAGCCAUGAUAGCCCAGGCUGGCUGGGAGAUGUUUCGGGCUGGACACAGGACACCCCUCAGUGAUUCUGGGGUCACACAGAGGUAUCGAACAGAUGAAGUAGAAGUGACCUGGAGGGACUGACAAGGUUAACAGGAUCCCAGUAGCUAGUGCCUUGAAUGGAACCCAUUAUCUCUAUCCUGACAUGGAGUCCUGACCAGGCUGUGGACUCCUCCUCCCAUCAUUUGAACGUCAAGAUGAC